AUGGAUCCGGCGACGCUGUUCGCGAUCGAGGAGCUCGCGCGGGCGAACGCGCCGGCGUCCACGCUCGGUGAACUCCUCGGUGCGAUCGCGCGUGGGGUGGAGACGCGGGGUGAUGCCCCGGGGAAGCUGCGGGCGUACUUUUAUUUGUACCGCGCGCGAGCGAGGGUGGAGGGGAGCGAUGAGGCGGAGGACGCGCGCGCGGCGCUGAGAGAUUGCGCGGCGGCGGUGUUCGGCGACGACGACGAUGACGAGGGGUUGAUCGAUGAUGAAGGUGAGGCGUUUGAUAAGUACGUGUCUUGCUGCGAACGGGCGAUCGCGAUCGCGAAGGUUGAGCGAGCGAAGGAGGGAAGGGACGACGGAGGCGCGGAUGUCGGGGCGGCGUUGCGAGAGGAGCUCUUGGGCGUGCACGGAAAGCCGAGUGAGGGCGCGGGGACGAAGAUGUGGACGAAGAAGCACUCGAAGGAACUAAUGGAGUGCGUCGAGGCGUUGUUGGACGAGAUUCGGCGGAAGACGACGAGUUUGAUGAUCGUGCAAGAAAACGUGGCGACGUCGUAUUAUCGACCGAAGCACGCGCCGCAGCUGACGCCGCGAUCGCUCGGAAAGGAGAACGCGCGCGCGGUGAGCCCGCGGAGGGAUUGGGUGGACGUCGGUAAGAAGGUCGCGCCGUCGCCCGCGAAGACGCCGCCGCGUAAGUUUACGCGAUCCAAGUCACCCGAGUCAACCGCGAAGGUGUACGUGUCGCCGGCGAGGCGUUUGCUCGGAAGCGUUGCGUCCUUCCUCUCGCGUUCGUUGUCACUCGGUCGGCAAUCCAGUGAAGCUACGACGCACGCGGAUGACGUUCCUCAGUUGCCGAUGGCGGCGGAUGAUGAUGAAGAUGACGACAUCUUACCGACACAAGUGCCAGCUGCUCGUCCGAGUCCCCCAAAGAGCGGCAGAGGCAGGCCUAAGGUGGUCGUACCGCCACCGGUUCCGAGCCCGAAGAAGAGUCCGGAGAAGAGAUCGAGUCGAUCUGGGAAGCGCACACUGGAAGAACCGACUUCGGACGAUGACUACGAGGAUCUCGACGUCACGGCGACGCAAGUCACAGAGUUGCCUCAGUCGCCUAGACCAUCCGCACCAAAGUCGCCACCGAAGAAGCAGAAGACGUCUACUAACGCAACGGCGACGUCUUCGAUGCCUAAAUCGUCGCAACCGGCGAAGAAGCGUCUUCGUUCAGUGCCCGUCGAAGAUGACAUCGAGGACGUCGAAGUGCCGACCGCACCGGCGUCUCCCGCGCUCGGCGCAGCUCGACCGACGUCGCCCAGCCGGACCGUCGUCGUCCCUCGCCCUAACUACGCUAAAGUCCGACGUCGUAAGACGAAAUUCACGCCGGAAGAGGUCGCGGCACUCCGCCAGGGCGUUAAAGUGUACGGCAAGGGCGCGUGGGCAAAAAUUUUGCAGGCGCACCACGCCGUCUUCGACACGCAUAAGCGCACACAGGUCGACCUUAAGGACAAGUGGCGCAACAUCGAGAAUAAGGAAGCGAAAGCCGUAAUGAUCGCCCUCGCGAAUUCCGCCGCGCGAGCGUAG